UGGCGGACGAUAUGCUCCAUCUAUACAGCUCGUUAUUGGCCGGUUAUGAGAAGGAGGUUCGACCGGCGUCUCGUCACGACCAUCCGAUUAACGUCACGUUCGUCUUCUCACUGACUCAGAUCAUCGACGUGGACGAGCGUAAUCAGAUCCUUACCACUAACGCCUGGGUACACCAGCAUUGGCUUGACUAUAAAUUGGUCUGGGAUCCGCGGUUAUACGGUAAUUUGACUCGAAUUCACAUACCACAUGAGAAAAUUUGGCGACCGGAUGUCAUCCUUUACAAUAAGUGA